AUGACCACCGUUGUCUCAAACGGCAACAACGCUUUAAAUCUGCUCUUCGAGGCGGCCCAACGCGAAGAAAGAGAAGUCAAUAGUGCACGAGUGCCGGUGCCUAUUGAACAGCACGCUACUAACGCAGCUUCUACACCACUUUCAUCCGUUGCUAAUAUGAGUUCCAACAUGUUGCCGGACCUUUUAAAUGAACUUACUGACACCUGGAACGCUUAUCGCUUUGUGCGUAUGGGGUGGCUAUCAGCUCCGGAGAUCGUAUGGUUCUUCAAGAACGUUGCACCGUUGUGUCCGAUUUUAGAUAAGUUCUACGCAGAGCGGUCAAACCACUACCUGUUAGUGACGCAUGAACCAGUCCUUACUUGUAUGAUACUGGUCAUAUCUUCUCGCUACCACACUUUGCCUACUAUCGGAGGGCAUUCAAGAGGCUAUUUGAUCUACCAGAGAUUAUGGGAUCACUUCCAGCACCUACUUAUGCGCCUCGUAUUGGGAUUAGAGAAAUACUCCAAGGCUAAGACGCGGACGCUGGGUACCAUUGAGGCCCUGCUGUUGUUGACGGACUGGCAUCCUCGAGCUCUGUACGCGCCUCCACCUAGUGACAGCUGGGAUUCAGAUAUCUUGUUUACUGUGAAAGAUCGACGUGAUCAGGACGGGAGCACAGUUAACAGCCCUUCCAGGACACGAUAG